CAUUGUUAAGAAACUCAUUUUAUGUAUAUCAUUGUUUUGGAAACUUUAACUUUUUAUUGUUUCACAUUGUUUGGGGAAUAUUAUUGGUUGAUUGAUACGUCAUCAUGUGGCGAUUGUUUCGACUUUCAACGGGAAGACUUGUUUCUACUUAUAAUCAAGUUAAGCACCAUACUUGGAACAAGACUAAAUAUUCUUUUUUUUCUACCUUUGAUCGUGAAAAUGAAAAGCCUAUAAAGGAAUCGCCGAGGAACCAGCCAACUGAAAGUUCGUUGAGUUCUCCAACGGAAACCCAUUUUGCAGAUAGUGAACAAAGACAAGAAGCGCCUUUACGAGGUGUCAUAAAAUCUUCCAAAUUUCGCCAAGUAGACCGUUCCAAGCUGAUACACGAAUAUUAUCCGGAACUUCGUAUAAAGCCUCCCUAUUUUGAAUACGAACCUGAUCGCGAUAGGCUCAUUUAUCAAGCACCAUAUUUUCAAGCACCCAUAGAACUCAUUCGAUCGUUGUCUACUGAAGAAAUUAUUUCUGCACUAAAGGAAUAUGCUGGUUUCCUGAAAGGGGAUAGGGAGAUAUUGCUGAAUCGUCUCAUCUUUUAUACCCGACCGAGACCUGAAGAGUUGAUUCAUGGCAAAGUAUCGAGUACCAGAAUGAAUAAAACAGCUACGGUAGUAUCUCGUCGUCCGUGUUUUUAUAAGAGGCUGAAAGUACGAACCUUUCGAUUUCGCAAGUUUAUGGCGCAUGAUGAGUUUAACUUGUGUGAUGAAGGUGAUGAAGUCCUUAUCCGUCACUGUCGACCAUUGAGUGAUCGGAAGCGUUUUGUAGUUGUUGAAAAUUAUGGCAAAAGAAUUCCGACCAUGGCGAAUAUGGAAGAGUUGAUAUUAAAAGCGAGAGAGAAACUACUCGAAGAAACUGUACAGUUUGAGAAGCGGAAGAAUAUAUCGAAUUAAAAGGCACACAACAUAUUUCUAUAUAUAU